AUGAUCCUUUCUGACAUUCCUCUCAAAGAAUCGUGUUGGCAAUGUUGCUUAUCGAUUCUAAAGAAAGAAGGAAGAUAUCAACAAGUCAAGGAGUUUGGACUUCUCCUCGUGGGAGAGCUAGAAGAGAAUCAAAUCACAAAUGGAAUGGCUUGGCUGCCAACUUGGUUGUGGAGGAUGAAGCAUGGGAACCCGAGUAGUAGAUGCGGGCCUAGUACCCACACCCUUUGA